GCAAAAAAUACUCCUUCAAAUCUCUCUUUCUUGCUCGCUGGCUCUUAAUUUACUCAAGCACAAAUUUCAAGUCUUUCCUCGAAAUGCCCUUAGCCGAUCGGUCUUGAACCUGAGUGCCCAUCAAUUUUGUGAAAUGGCAGCAGACGGUGCAAAGAGCUUUGCAAGGAGGGAUCGUCUCUUGGAGAUCGAGCAGAAGGUUCGAGGCUGGUGGGAUGAGAAAGAUGUUUUCAGGGCUGAACCUGGAAAAAAGCCUCCUGAACCAGAUGAGAAGUUCUUUGGCAACUUUCCAUUUCCUUACAUGAAUGGGAUUUUGCAUCUCGGACAUGCAUUCUCACUGUCCAAGCUUGAAUUUGCUGCCUCCUAUCAUAGAUUAAGGGGUGCUAAUGUGCUCUUACCAUUUGCUUUUCACUGCACUGGUAUGCCUAUCAAGGCCUCAGCAGAUAAACUUCGCCGGGAGAUUGAACAGUUUGGUGAUCCGCCUGAUUUUGCUAGAGAAAUGGAGGAGCAGGUAGAAUCACAACAAGAAACUGAUGAUGCCCAUGGAAGUGCACCAGUAGAUAAGUUCAAGGGCAAAAAGUCCAAGGCAGCAUCGAAAUCAGGGGGACAAAUGUUCCAGUGGGAAAUCAUGCGCAGUUUUGGGCUUUCUGAUAGUGAGAUAUCAAAGUUCCAGGAUCCAUACGAAUGGCUGAGGUUCUUUCCUCCAUUAGCUAUGGAAGAUCUUAAGGCUUUUGGCUUGGGCUGUGACUGGAGACGCACAUUUGUUACCACAGAUAUAAACCCAUACUUUGAUUCUUUUGUACAGUGGCAGAUGAGGAAACUAAAAUCUAUGGGUAAGAUUGUCAAAGAUUUGCGUUACACAAUUUACUCUCCCUUGGAUGGCCAGCCAUGUGCAGAUCAUGACAGGGCAAGUGGUGAAGGAGUGCAGCCCCAAGAAUAUACCCUUAUCAAGAUGGAGGUGUUACCACCUUUACCUGCCAAACUGGGGCGUUUAGAAGGGAAAAAAGUGUUUCUAGCUGCAGCUACGUUGAGACCUGAGACGAUGUAUGGACAAACAAAUGCUUGGGUCUUGCCUGAUGGUAAAUAUGGAGCUUUUGAAAUCAAUGAAACAGAUGUGUUCAUCCUCACAGAGAGAGCAGCCCUCAACCUUGCCUAUCAAAACUUCUCAAGGUUCCCUCAGAAACCUAGUUGCUUGGUUGAGCUAGCUGGUUAUGAUCUGAUUGGUCUUGGCUUGAAGUCUCCACUUUCUUUCAAUGAGGUCAUAUAUGCUCUUCCCAUGCUGACCAUUUUGACUGACAAAGGCACUGGCAUUGUGACCAGUGUACCUAGUGAUGCCCCUGAUGACUAUAUGGCAUUGCAUGAUUUGAAAGUAAAACCAGCUUUCAGGGCAAAGUAUGGUGUGAAAGAUGAAUGGGUAAUGCCCUUUGAUAUUGUACCGAUCAUUGAUAUUCCAGAAUAUGGAGAUAGGGCAGCUGAAAAAGUUUGCAUGGAUUUGAAAAUUAAGAGCCAAAAUGAGAAAGAGAAGCUUGCUGAAGCAAAGAGGUUAACCUACCUGAGAGGAUUCACAGAGGGGACAAUGCUUGUUGGUGAAUUUGCAGGGAGAAAAGUCCAGGAAGCAAAGCCAUUGAUUAGGGCCAAGCUCAUUGAGAUUGGUGAGGCAGUUAUGUAUAGUGAACCUGAGAAGCGGGUUGUGUCAAGGUCUGGUGAUGAAUGUGUUGUGGCACUUACUGACCAAUGGUACAUUACAUAUGGGGAAGAAGAAUGGAAGAAAUUGGCUGAAGAAUGCUUAUCCGAUAUGAAUCUCUACUGUGAUGAGACACGACAUGGUUUUGAGCACACAUUGAGCUGGUUAAAUCAGUGGGCUUGUUCACGAUCUUUUGGGCUUGGGACUCGCAUUCCCUGGGAUAAAGAUUUCCUUGUUGAAUCCUUGUCUGAUUCCACUAUCUACAUGGCUUAUUACACUGUUGCUCACCUGCUUCAUAAUGAUGACAUGUAUGGUACAAACAAGCCUCAUCCUAUUCAGUCUGAGCAAAUGACUGAUGAGGUCUGGGAUUUUAUCAUCUGUGGUGGUCCAUACCCCAAAUCAUCUACUAUACCUUCAUCUACACUAGAUAAGAUGAAGCAGGAAUUUGAAUAUUGGUACCCAUUUGAUCUUCGAGUCUCUGGUAAGGACCUCAUACAGAAUCAUUUGACAUUCAGCAUUUACAACCAUACUGCAAUCAUGGCCAAGCACCAUUGGCCUCGUGGAUUCAGGUGUAAUGGGCACAUUAUGCUCAAUUCUGAAAAGAUGAGCAAGUCUACUGGAAAUUUUAGGACAAUUCGGCAAGCUAUUGAGGAAUUCUCUGCUGAUGCAACACGAUUUUCUCUUGCUGAUGCUGGGGAUGGUGUUGAUGAUGCGAACUUUGUAUUUGAAACUUCAAAUGCUGCAAUCCUCCGCCUCACUAAAGAGAUUUCAUGGAUGGAGGAGGUUUUGGCUGCAGAAUCAUCUCUGAGAACAGGUCCCCCAUCUACUUAUGCUGAUCAAGUGUUUGCAAAUGAGAUGAAUAUUGCAGUCCGAAUGACUGAGAAAAAUUACCGGGAAUACAUGUUUAGAGAAGCUUUGAAAACUGGAUUUUAUGAUUUGCAAGCUGCCAGGGAUGAGUACAGGUUCUCAUGUGGCAGUGGGGGCAUGAACCGUGACUUAAUAUGGCAUUUUAUGGAUGUGCAGACGAGGCUUAUUACUCCUAUCUGUCCACACUAUGCGGAAUAUGUUUGGAGGGAGCUUCUGAGGAAGGAUGGCUUUGUGGUCAAUGCAGGCUGGCCUACGGCUGGUUCUCCUGAUCUAACUUUGAAGGCUGCCAACAAGUACUUGCAGGACUCGAUUGUUCUGAUGAGGAAGCUGCUUCAAAAACAACUCCUAGGUUCAAAGAAAGGGAAUAAGAAGGGACCUCCAGUCGCAACACUAACUCAAGACAAGAUAACAGGUUUGAUAUAUGUGAAUGAGGAAUUUGAAGGAUGGAAGGCAGAAUGCUUGAGGAUACUCCAAAGAAAAUUUGACCAUAAGACCUGUGCUUUUGCCCCUGAUGGGGAGAUAAUGGAGGCACUAAAGAAUAGUUCUGUUGGCCAGGCCACAAAUUUUAAACAAACACAAAAACUUUGCAUGCCUUUCUUGAGGUUCAAGAAGGAUGAGGCCAUUGCAAUUGGGCCUCAGGCCUUGGAUCUGAGGCUGCCAUUUGGAGAGAUUGAGGUCCUUCAAGAGAACUUGGAUUUGAUUAAGAGACAAAUUGGUCUUGAAGCGGUGGAAGUACUAUCUGUUGCUGACCCUAAUGCUAUUGCCAAAGCUGGUUCGUAUGCAUCACUGCUGAAUCAGAAUCCUCCUUCUCCUGGUAACCCAACUGCCAUCUUCUUGACCGGUAAUAGUAGCUGACAACACCACACACAGAACAUGUUGGAAGAGUUCUUGACUUGAUUAGAGAGCUGAUGAUAUUGUUAUAUGUGCUACCUUGUCGGAAAAUUAAUUAUGAUAUGAAUCAAGGUUCUUUGAGGAAUUUGCUUCUGGGAUGCCAUCAGUUUGAAGGAAGCACGCUGUCUGCAAUGGAAUCAUGUUAUGCUAGCGAAAAACUUGCAGUGUUCUUUUGUUGAACUGGUUAAGAUCUUAAAUUUUUCUUGUUCCAUCUUUUUAGAAGGCAUGUAAAAGUUUUAUAUCUUGAAAACUACAUUUCUGGUGGAAAAGCUGUAGGUGCAGUUACCCUAUUUAUUUGAAGGUGAAGUAAAAAAUGUGAAGUUUGUGAA